CACCGAAUCUCUUAUCCCCACGAUUCGGCCCCACGUUGCCUAGCCGCCCUCUUGACCGUCUGAUGCAAUAGCUGACUCAAGUGGUCCCCACCUAACGUCUACAAUCCUCUUCCCGAACAGCAAACACCAUCUCUAUCAAGUAUCUGACGUUCGUAUUGCCUCGGGAUCUGGAUAGAACCUGAUUUCCUGUUUGGAAUCCGACAGCGGAUCAGGAAAUCACUUCCCUCCCGUUCUGGAGCGCGGGACCCACCACGAGUAAAAGCCCGCAAAAUGAUCAGCACUUCAUCGGAGAAGAAGAAGCCCUGCUCGUCCAUGCUCGGAAAACUAGGGUUAGGGUUUCAUCCGAGAUUUUCAACAGCUUAGGGUUAGGGUUCCGGCUUGCAUUCCGAUGAUGCCCCGCCGCCGGGGUGUCCUCGCUAAAACCCUAGCCUCAUCUCUCUCCCUGCUUCUUUUGCUCACCGUCUUCUCCUUCUUCUUCACUGCGGCUGAGGACUAUUCCGGAACUGAGAGGUCGGCGUUGCUUCAGUUCAAGGCUUCCGUCUCCAGUGACCCUUCCGGCGUUCUCUCGCUCUGGUCUGGUUUUGAUCACUGCUCAUGGCCUGGCGUCGGUUGCGACUCGGGAUCUAGGGUCGUUUCUCUGAAUAUCUCCGCUAAGGCGGUGUCUUGCCCCCAAACCGCUUCUUUUCGACGACGCUGCUCGGAUCCGCGCCUGAAGCUCGCCGGAAAACUCAGCCCUGAGAUUGGAAGGCUUUCCAGCUUAAAGGUUCUGGUUCUCUCUUUCCAUAAUUUUGACGGUGAAAUUCCUGUCGAGAUCUGGGGGUUAGAUGCUCUGGAAGUGGUUGAUCUCGAGGGGAACUCGCUUUCUGGAAGUCUCCCUUCGAGAUUUCCUCCUGCGCUUCGGGUUCUGAAGCUUGGUUCAAAUCUCAUUAGAGGCGAGGUCCCGCGUUCUCUGUCCAAAUGCAUCUAUUUGAAAAUCCUAGAUCUCUCCAACAACCGUAUCAAUGGCUCGGUCCCGAAUUUUUUGAACGGUUUUCCUGGAUUAAGGGAAUUAUAUCUCUUCGACAACCAGUUUGGUGGAGAAAUUCCAAAUGAACCCCAGACUGGUUGCUGGAAUCUUGAGCACCUGGACUUCUCCGGGAAUCUGAUCACUGGUGGCAUUCCCACUAAUAUUGGGAAUUGUACCAAACUUCGAUCUUUGCUCUUGUUCUCUAAUCUUUUGGAUGGGGUUAUCCCCUCGGAAAUUGGAAACUUGGGAAAGCUUGAGACUUUGGAUGUUUCCAGGAACUGCUUGAGUAGCCCUGUGCCCCCGGAGCUUGGAAACUGUAAGUCAUUGUCUGUUCUUGUUCUUUUGAAUCUCUUCAAUCCGAACCCAGGCAGGGAGGACCCUCGUCUCGUGGAUGAAUUCAACAAUUUUCAGGGUGAGAUACCGGAGAAUGUUACCAGCUUGCCAAAUCUCAGGAUACUUUGGGCCCCAAGGGCGAUGCUUGAAGGGCACAUCCCGAGCAAUUGGGGUGCUUGUGAGAGCUUGGAAAUGGUUAACUUAGGCCAGGGAUUUAUCUCUGGAGGGACAUUGAGUGCUGUGUUUACACAGUGCAGUAAUCUCAAGUUUCUGAAUUUGAGUUCAAACAAUUUGACUGGCUGGGUUGAUGAGAAGCUUCAGGUGCCUUGUAUGGAUCUCUUUGAUGUCAGUGGGAAUCAGUUGUCUGGAUACAUCCCAACUUUUGCGGACAAACAAUGUUCUUCUUUGCAAUUGUCCUUGGAUGACUCGCCAUCUGCAUACUUCUCGUUCUUUGCAUACCGGACUCGCCAGCAAAUAGCCUCGCUUCCUUUGUUGCUGGACAGUGAUUUUGCAGUUUAUCAUAAUUUCGGUCAGAAUAAUUUCACUGGUAUUUUGUCAUCUUUGCCGGUUGCCACAAACAGGUUUGGAGGCCAGGCGGUAUAUGCAUUUCUUGCUGAUGGAAAUAAAAUUCAUGGAGCAUUAACUGAUUCUCUGUUUGAAAAGUGCAAAGGCCUGAAUGGGUUGAUUGCCAAUUUCAGCAAUAAUAUGAUUUCUGGUGACAUUUCAGCCUACAUUGGUUCCACUUGUGGUCCUCUUGUUGCCUUGGAUUUGGCCGGUAACCGAAUCACGGGAACAAUACCUCAAAGUCUCAGCUUAUUGGACCGUCUUGUUGCUCUUGACUUGAGCAGGAACUCACUUCAUGGUCCGAUUCCUGAAAGUUUGGGUCAGUUGAAGCACCUGGAGUUUCUUUCAUUGGCCGGAAAUCACCUUAAUGGUUCAAUUCCUGCUGUCUUGGAUCAGUUGCAUUCACUUAAAGUACUCGAUCUUUCUUCAAACUUGUUUAUGGGUGAUAUCCCAAGUGGCAUUUCUGACUUGAGAAAUCUUACUGUGCUGUUACUGGACAGAAACAGGCUCUCCGGAAAGAUACCAUCUGUUUUGGCCAAUUUCACAUUGCGUGGUGUGUUUAAUGCUUCAUUCAAUAAUUUGUCUGGGCCAUUACCUUUUAAUGCUAGCACGGGAAUUUGUGGUAGUUUACUUGGAAACCCGCUCAUUCAGCCAUGCCCUGUGGUUUCUUUUUCUAUUCCACCAUCAGACCUGCAAGGGCGCACUGGGAAUUACCAAUCAUAUGCUUAUCCCCCACCGGCUAGCGCUUCUAGUGAAAGCAGUAAUAGCGGGUUCAGUUCCAUUGAGAUUGCCUCUAUAACUUCAGCAUCAGCUAUUGUGUCAGUUCUCAUAGCUCUUAUUGUUCUUUAUGUGUACACCAGAAAAUGUGCUCCAAGAUCUUCACCUCAGACUUUGGGAAGAAGAGAAGUAACGAUAUUCACAGAUAUUGGGGUGCCUCUGACUUAUGAAACUGUUGUGCGGGCCACAGGAAAUUUCAACACAAGCAAUUGCAUUGGAAGUGGGGGCUUUGGAGCCACUUACAAGGCUGAGAUUGCACCGGGAGUAUUGGUGGCUAUAAAGAGACUCUCAAUUGGAAGAUUCCAAGGGGCCCAGCAAUUUCAUGCAGAGAUCAAAACUCUGGGGAGAUGGCGGCAUCCUAACCUUGUGACUUUAAUUGGAUAUCAUGUCAAUGAGGCAGAGAUGUUUCUCAUCUAUAAUUAUUUACCUGGUGGUAACUUGGAGAGAUUUAUACAUGAAAGGUACAAAAGACCGGUGGAUUGGAGGAUGCUUCACAAGAUUGCUUUAGAUGUAGCUCGUGCACUUGCAUAUCUCCAUGACCACUGUGUGCCUCGCAUUCUUCACCGUGAUGUUAAACCCAGCAAUAUUUUGUUAGACAAUGAUUUCAAUGCCUAUCUCUCGGAUUUUGGACUAGCAAGGCUUUUAGGCAAUUCUGAGACCCAUGCAACAACUGGUGUGGCUGGAACGUUUGGAUAUGUUGCUCCGGAAUAUGCAAUGACUUGCCGAGUCUCAGACAAGGCGGAUGUAUACAGCUAUGGCGUUGUUUUGUUGGAGUUGAUUUCAGACAAAAAAGCUUUAGAUCCUUCAUUCUCGCCAUAUGGGAAUGGUUUUAACAUUGUUGCCUGGGCAUGCAUGCUGCUAAGACAAGGUCGGUCCCAUGAGUUCUUUGCUGAGGGGCUAUGGGAUGUUGGUCCUCAUGAUGAUUUGGUGGAGGUGUUGCACUUAGGUGUCAUGUGUACUGUUGAUUCACUCUCUAUCAGGCCAACAAUGAAGCAUGUUGUUCAACGCCUGAAGCAACUCCAACCCCCGACCUGCUAGCGGAGACAAUAACUGAAUGGCUAACACAUUGAACACAUAGGAAGGUUAAACUUUCACCCACUAUGGGUCGGUCAUUUUGCAAGUUUCAUUUGGGUAAGACUGAUAUGAUUGUGGAACUUUGACAUUAUAUUCUUAUUCUUGAUAUAAUGCAUUUCAAGAGUGAGUUGGCCGGGUUUUGGUGCUAUUCUAUAUAUUUAACUCCUGAAACAUUCACUAACCUUCACUUCAGAACAUCUUUGCUUUUGUUUUCAUCGAUUGUUAUCCAGGUUUCAAGUUCUAUGGUAAGUCAAUUUCAGUACUAAUCUAGUGAGAAGGAAUACUGAAAAAUAUUAUGGAGAAUUCAGUUAA